AUGAAUGGCCGGAACAUGGAAGGGAUGCCAGUUGAAAGAGCCAAGACCCGGCGGAGGAAGAGUCACUGCCCGGCCGGUGCACGCCUGGGCGCCGUCGCCUGCGAGGACGAAUUCAACAGCCAGGAGCUGGAGGCACUCUUCCAGAACUACAACCUGAAGCUGGAGCAGACCGCCACCCUCAAGGCGCUGGCUGUGCUCAUCGUGGCCGCAUCGUCACUGUCCCUGGUGGAGCUGCUCUCCAGCCCGCGCCUCACCUUGUCCAAGGGCUCCUACCCGGUGCACUGCGUGGUCUUCCUGUCGCUGUUCAUCGUCACCAACGUCAAGUACCUGCAGGUGACGCAGCUGCAACAGAUCGCGAAGCUGGCGCUGCUCUUCAGCUUCACCUUUGCGCUGCUCUGCUGCCCCUUCCCGCUGGCGCUCGGCACGUCGGAGCUGAUGAGCGCCGCUGCCCCUGAGCAAGGCGUGUGGCAGCUCAUGCUCGUCACCCUCGUGGCUUACGUGCUGCUGCCGGUGCGGACGCUGCUCGCGGUGCUGUUCGGGGUGAUGCUGGCGACGUCUCACUUCAUUGUGAUCGCGACAUCGUUCACGGGGAGGAAACAAAAACUGUGGAGACCGCUGGUGGCCAACGCGGUGCUGUUCACCAGCGUCAACUUGUCCGGGGUGUUUGUGAGGAUUCUCACCGAACGCACCCAGAGGAAAGUCUUCCUGCAAGCCCGCAACUGCAUCGAGGAGAGGCUGCGGCUGGAGGAUGAGAACGAGAAGCAGGAGCGUCUUCUGAUGAGCCUACUGCCCAGGAAUGUUGCUAUGGAGAUGAAGGAGGACUUUCUGAAGCCGCCUGAGCGGAUUUUUCACAAGAUCUACAUCCAACGUCAUGACAAUGUCAGCAUCCUGUUUGCAGACAUCGUGGGUUUCACCAGCUUGGCUUCUCAGUGUACUGCUCAGGAACUGGUCAAGCUGCUCAACGAACUCUUCGGGAAGUUUGAUGAGCUGGCAACAGAGAAUCACUGCAGGAGGAUAAAAAUCCUCGGGGACUGUUACUACUGUGUGUCAGGACUGACCCAACCCAAAGCAGACCAUGCUCACUGCUGUGUGGAGAUGGGACUGGACAUGAUUGACACGAUCGCGUCAGUGGUGGAGGCGACGGAGGUGGAUCUGAACAUGCGUGUGGGUCUGCACACAGGACGGGUGCUGUGUGGCGUGCUGGGCCUCAGGAAAUGGCAGUAUGACGUCUGGUCAAAUGAUGUCACACUGGCAAAUGUGAUGGAGGCUGGAGGGCUGCCUGGCAAGGUGCACAUCACAAAGACCACCCUGGAGUGUUUGAAUGGAGACUACGAGGUGGAGCCGGGCCUCGGACACGAGAGACAUGCCUUCCUACAGAAACAUCAAAUUGAAACCUUUUUCAUCGUGCCAUCACACAGACGCAAAAUCUUCCCAGGUCUUAUUCUGUCAGACAUCAAACCAGCCAAGAGGAUGAAGUUCAAGACGGUGUGCUAUCUGCUGGUGCAGCUGAUGCACUGUAGGAAGAUGUUCAAGGCCGAGAUCCCCUUCUCCAACGUCAUGUCCUGCGAUGAUGACGACAAGCGGAGAGCCCUGCGGACUGCACCAGAGAAGCUGAGGAGUCGGACUUCUUUCUCAGCCGCCGCCGUGCAGCACUCCCCAGGAACACGAGUCAACCGCUACAUCGGGCGGCUCAUCGAGGCGCGGCAGACCGAGUCCGAGACAACAGACCUCAACUACAUCACCCUGUUCUACAGGAGCAGAGACAGGGAGCGCAGGUAUCACCAGGUGUAUGACGACCAUUUCAUCAGUGCGGUGGUUCUCUCUCUGAUCCUUGCUGCGCUGUUUGGCCUUAUCUAUUUGCUAAUGAUCCCACAGGGGAUGCUGGUGCUGCUGCUGCUGGUGCUGUGUGUGUGUUUCCACGUGGCCUGUGUCAUGUAUCUGCAUCUCACCAGUGUUCAGUGCCAACCGGGCUGCCUCAACAUCCAGAUCCGAACGGUGCUGUGUGUCUUCCUCGCUCUGCUCACAUACUCUGUUACCCAGGCCUGUGUGGUGGUUUGUGUUCCUUGGGGCAGAGUGGUGACAAACUUUAGCAUCACAGUGGAGGAGGUCCUCGCUGACACCAACAGCACCGCGGCGGACAGAGCCUGCUCCAACAUGUCCUACGGCCUGCUGUCCUGUGUGGCGGGCACCCUCACUCUUGUCCCUUACCUCCGGGUGUCCUCGCUCCCCAAGAUCCUCCUGCUCCUCCUCCUCUCUGUCACCUACACCAUUGUCAUGGAAACCAGCGGCUAUCGCCAAGCUGUGGGAGGAGGUUUUCUCCACACACGAGGCUACGAUCCUGUGUUGGCUGCCUUAUUGUUUUCUGGUGCUCUGGCUCUUCAUUCAAGACAGCUGGACCUGAAGCUGCGGCUCGACUAUCUCUGGGCCACUCAGGCCGAGGAGGAGAGAGGGGACAUGGAGAAAGUGAAGCUGGACAACAAGAGGAUCCUGUUCAACCUGCUGCCGGCUCAUGUGGCUCAGCACUUCCUCAUGUCGAACCCCAGGAACAUGGAUCUGUACUACCAGUCCUACGCUCAGGUCGGAGUGCUGUUUGCCUCUAUUGCCAACUUCAAUGACUUCUACAUCGAGCUGGACGGGAACAACAUGGGCGUCGAGUGCCUCCGGCUGCUCAAUGAGAUCAUCGCUGACUUUGAUGAGCUGAUGGACAAGGAGUGCUACAGGGAUAUCGAGAAAAUCAAGACAAUUGGCAGUACAUACAUGGCUGCAGUAGGGCUGGUUCCUACAACUGCCUCCAAGGUGAAGAAGUCCAUCACUUCACAUUUAUGCACGGUUUCAGAUUUCGCCAUCGAAAUGUUUGACGUCCUGGAUGCCAUCAACUACCAGUCCUACAACGACUUUGUCCUGAGAGUGGGUAUCAAUGUGGGUCCAGUGGUGGCAGGAGUCAUUGGAGCCAGAAGACCUCAGUAUGACAUCUGGGGAAACACAGUGAACGUAGCCAGCAGGAUGGACAGCACUGGAGUUCAAGGAAAGAUACAGGUGACAGAAGACGUCCAUCGUCUCAUCACGGACCACUACGACUUUGUCUGCCGGGGCCAGGUCAGCGUGAAGGGCAAGGGUCAGAUGCUCACCUACUUCCUGGAAGGCCGCAGGCAUGGCAGCAAGCCGUCUCAAACCAACGUUGACCGCCGAUCCAGUGGGCUCAACCCAGGCAGCGUGUGCACCAGGCUGGGCCCCGCCCCCACUGUUACCACCUACGCCACCACCAGGACCCCGAACCCCGGCAUGGCCAAGCCGACCACCUCCACCAGCAUCACAAGGUACCUGCCCUCUGUCCCCACGGCAAUGCUGUGAUGGAUGCUGUCUCCAUGGUGAUAGUGGAAAUACAGAAAAAAAAAGUGGAGGUGAAAAAUGGCGAGAUAGAAUGAAGAGUUAAUUAAAAAGAGGAAUAACACCAGCUGACCUCGACUCUUCUUCUACUGUCUGUGGGAGGUAUCUCAGACACUGACCGUACAAUGGGAGGCCUGCACUGCGUUUACGACUGGAGUCUCGAACAGACUCUCUCUCCUCACUCGAAACCUGUUUGUUGUUUCACGCUGCGGGGUGUCGUGAACAGGAUCCAGGGAGAGUUUUGCCACGUUGCUUUGUGACCAAUCAAAGGCCAAGGGGUGUCUUCACGAUGUUAGGGUCGACUCCCAGAACUGUUUCAGCAACUUUAACAAACUAAAUAAGCAUCAAAAUAAAAACAAUUGCACAAUUGUUAGUGUAGCACGCAAGCCUCUCGCAACGACAAGCACAUAUUCAAAUUCCUUUAACAACUUUAGCUGACCCUUUUCUCUCAGUAUCAAACCAAAUCAGUGCUGUUGCCUUAGCAAGCACUCCUCACAAAGAUUUUCUUGCCAUCUUUUUGUUGCCUUUUCGAUUGAUUUAUUGGAAACCAACUCAGAUGACUUAAUUACAGGGGCAUUGUAGUCCAAGAGAUAUAUGUUUUUAAAGUGGAUGAAGCCAAAUGUAUAAUUGUAAAUGGCAGUUGAAGGUAUAAACUCGCCAAAAUACGACAGGGCAUUGCCUUCAAUCAUUUCCUGGACGUUUGAGCCCCCUCCACCUGUACCCUCGGAUGGCACAUGAGGUAAACUCUUGAUUUCCUGAGCCGAGCCGCUCAGUGUCUUUAAGUGCAUGAUGCCACUGCUGCACCUCAGUCCUGUCCGCUGUCUGUUUCCCUGUGAUGCCUGACUUCCAGAUUCUUCCUCGUCAAAGUGUAGCAAUAAAAGCGGUUUGUCUCCUCUUUCAGCCCCUUGCAUGUAGCCAGCUGGAUCCUAGUUUGACCUAAUAGUGUAUGUAGCCAAUAGAGUGUGCAUAGCUAGCCACACCAGUGUGUAUCUCCGUGGAGUUGAAGCAUGACUUAGAAAAUCCUUUUUUUCUGUAUUGUGUGAGUGUGAUUCCUUUCUCGUGGGAUUCUAUUUAAAAAAAGAGAAACAUUUUUUCUGCGUGCUUGAUAUUAAGAAAUAUGUUCUAUUGUUUUUAAAAAUCCUGUUCUACUUUUUUUUAUGAACUUAAAGCUGCUUUGGUUGAGAGAAGAAAACUGCUGUUUAUGAGGAGACACCCAAACCUCUGUGUCUGGCCUCCUCAUACAAAUCUAGAUGAUUUAUUUCAUGGUAUAGCAUGCAACUCACAGUACGGCUUACCACAGCCAUUAACUAUCCUUUAAUCUGUUCUAGCAUGCACUGCCUGCAAGCCUGUGGCUCUUACAUGCAUGCUUUGAUGGAACAUUCAUACAGGCCGAGCAGCGGUCACACGGUGACUCUGUUUUAGUGUAGUCCUCAUGCAUGCGCUAACGGUAGCUGUCCUCUUGAAUGUAAGGUGCUUUUUUUGACCCGUAUCUUCUUAAUGAGCUUAGUGUGCGAAACCUUUUAAAGGACUUUUUCAGGGUGGUUUGACAACAGGACGGGGGUCCCACCUCCUCCUUCUCCUCCUCCCCGCUCCUGCUGUAGUCAACAGGUAGCUGGUUUUCAAAUGUGCCAACCUAUUUUCAUAAACAUAUCAAAGUUUUAGGUGUUGAGCUGUAGCACAACUGAAUGUGUGGCUACGAUAUUGUCGAUUUCCUUUUGUUGAAUGCCUGUAUUUUUACAGCUGUUCUUGAGCAGAUUUGUAACUCAAUGAUCAAAUGAUGGAAAGUGUCGUUUUUUGGAGAGAUUUAUUUAACACCGUAACCUGAACUGAAAUGAUGUUGUUGUACUAUUUAUCAUAUUUAAAAUAGAUUUACUAUGUAGUAGCUUGAAUGCUUAUUUUGAGUUUGUAAAGAGAUUAAAUACGAGGAUUUUUAUACACUUGCUUUAAAUAAUUGAUGGAAAGGAGUUGUGUACAAUAUUUUUCCUGUAAAUUGGAUAUUUUCAUACUGUAUGAUACGGGUUUCAAUUGUUAUAUGUAGGUAUUACUUGUUAUUAUUGUACAUUGUAGAGUCUUUUUCAGAGAUAUACUAUGAAUGACCCGAUAUUUGUUAAGUUCUUUUGUUGAAGAUGUAUUUAUUGAGAUGUUUUAUGUGAAUGUACCUUUUGUUAAAGAUGAUAUUUUAUACUAAGUGUUUGCACUGCGAUGAU